GACAUUGAAACUGCAACCGACUAUAAAAUUGUACAGCGGCAGCUUGCAGUUAACACAGUCGCACACAAUCAGUGUCGCAUUUUAAGUCCGUCCAACCUUUUAGGUUUUCUUAAUCGCUACUUGAUAGCGAAACGUUCAGUAUGGUAUCCAUCGAACUAAGAACAGCGUAUGAGGUGCUUGGACUCGACACGGCGGCCUCCCGAGCUCAGGUUAAAGAAGCCUUUCUGAAGCUGUGCCAGCAGCACCACCCGGACAAGGUGCCGGCGGCGCAGCGGCUGGGCGCUGAGGCUCGCUUCAAGGAGGUUAAGGCCGCAUACGACACCAUCCUUCGAGGCCAAGCCGGCUACAACGUGCCGCCGCCCGGCUCCGCGCCCAAUGCCAAGUACGCCCGCGCCUACUACCGGGCCCACGGCAUGGGUAUGGAUUUUGGCGAGGGCGGCCCCGUGCGCUGCGGCGGCCCCUUCGGCGGCUACGCCACUGAGACCGACUUCUACCGGGCCAUGUUCAGGACCACGCGCAACAACCCCUUUGUGCUCAUCGUGACGGGGCUGCUGGCCAUCCCCGCCAUCAGCCUGAUGGUGUCAGUCACAAACGGUGACACGGCCUGGAUCCGGCGGUUCCGGGACCAGGGCCUGCACGUGUUCGGCCAGGGCUCACUGCGGGCCAACGGCAGGGACGCGGUCGGCAUUAACCCCUUCGCAAUCCGCCGCCUGGAGGACAUGCAAGACUCGUACAUCUUCAAGAAUGAGAAGUACGCCCACCUGCGCAAAGGCAUGUCCAGUGUGGGCCAGGACAACUCCUCGCCGGCGCCUGCGACCUCGUGAGCGCGUGAGGCCGCGCCGCCUGCUUGGGGCAUGCGGUCAUGGGGCCCUCCGUCCUCCACCCGCACACAGCCGUGGAGGCUCCGGCGGGCUGACUGGCGAGCCAUGGGCCACGAAGCGACGGGAGCCGGGCGCAGAUGGUGUGCCGGCAAUGUAACUUAAACUGGGGCAUGCCCAACUCAGGCAUGUUCCGGCUGGGGGAAUCUAUGUGCUCAGGAAUGAUGGGGCAUGUGCGUGUGUCUUGCCGCUCUAGUCUCGUGUGAAAUGCAGGCUGGAGUGGCUUACUGGCGGAUUGGGUGGCGUGUGGUGCAGCCAUGACGCGGCCAUUGUGUGACAGUAUUGCUAUAAUGAACGAUGGAGGCCCGGCUAGAUCAAUAGCUUCGGUGCCUUGCUUAGUUUCACGUCUGAACUGGGAAUUCUUGCGUCAGGUGCAUUCUUGAUUUGGUAUGGGGGGUUGCGGUCGCGGAGGUUACGUCGUACGCCCGUUGUACAGCAUGGGUGACUCACAGACUUGGCUUGCUGGUGUUGGCUCCUGGCCUUGGAAGUGCCGAGUGCACUGACAGUCCUUUACAGUGCCCUCCACGGGUGCGACAUGCCCCCACGGUAUUCGGGCCAUCCGUGGCUCUCGCCAACGCGGUGUCCCCACACGCCGAUACAAUGUGUUCAGUUUGCGCCUAGAACAGACGUCCACUC